UUAACUAGGUUAAAGUUUCUUAACUAGGACAUGGAUCAUAGAAAUUAGAAUGUAGAUGUAGUUAGAUCUAGAAACUAUUAUUUAUAUUAUUAAUAUUGAUCUACUAGUAAGCAGAUUUUACGGAUUAUACACUGAAGCAAAAUGUUGAGGGCUGCCGAGCUUUUGUUCCUGUGGGUUUUCUCCAUCUACUACAGUUUUAUCGUUGUCUUCAGGAUCCUGAGAGAAUGUUUUUCUGUGGGGUUUAGGCAGGUUCUACAGAGCAAACCUAUAGAACGGCCAUCUUGUCUUGAUGAUCCUGAUUUGGGGACUCACGGUUAUCUUUCCCUUGAGGGUAUCAGAAUUCACUAUGUUGCCAGUGGACCUGUGGACAAGCCCUUGAUGUUGUUGGUUCAUGGCUUUCCAGAGUUUUGGUUUUCUUGGAGGUACCAGAUCAAGGAAUUUCAGAAGGAUUAUAGAGUUGUAGCAAUAGAUCAGAGAGGUUAUGGGGAAUCUGAGAAACCAAAAGGCAUUGAUGAAUACACUCUCAAAAAGCUUACGUCUGACAUCAAACAAAUUAUUUCAGCACUUGGCUAUGAAAAAUGUGUUUUGGUUGGCCAUGACUGGGGAGGGGCUGUUGCCUGGUCAUUUGGGAGGCUGGUGCCAGAGAUGGUUGAUAAGCUGAUUGUCCUCAACUGCCCCUCCAAUCCUGUCUUUCAGAAAGUUAUACAGACAAAUAUAGAACAAAUGAAGAUGUCCUGGUACAUGUUUUUUUUCCAGAUGCCAUUUUUGCCAGAGUUGUAUAUCCGCAUGAAAAAUUAUGAGAUGCUGGCCAACUGUUUUACCAACAAGAACAAAAAUGAGUUGAGCUUCUCUUCCAGUUUUCAGAAUCCCAUGUCAGAGGAGGAACUCCAGGCAUAUAAAUACAACUUUUCUGCACCAGGUGCAAUAACUCCACCAGUAAACUUUUACAGAGCUGCUUUUCAAAAAAAAUCUGGUAGUGUCCCUUAUGAUAUGAACUACACAAUUCCAGUUCUUUUGAUUUGGGGUUGUAAGGACAUGGCUCUUAAUAUUGCCCUGCCUGAUACAAUUGAAAAGGAAAAUUAUCCUAAUGUAACAGUCAAACGUAUACCAGAAGCUGGACAUUUCACCCAGAUGGACACUCCAUUUGAGGUCAACAAACUAAUUCGUGGUUGGCUCAGUAGCUUUUAGUUAAUAAAUAACAUUAUAAAUUAUGUCAAGAUUUUUUUUUCUUUUGAUGCUUUAAGAAAAUGAAAAGUUUCCAUUGUGAUCUUUAUAAAUUAAAUAAAGAAAUAAAAAAUU